UUUGUUUUGAAAGCGAGCAAAAUCCGGAAAUAUGGAUGAAAAUACCAACGAGAGCCAGCGGAUGCGUCAUCAGUCGGUGAGAUUUGCUGCUGGCGAAAGCUCGUCGGCAUCUCAGCUUCUCUACUCUCCGCGCUGCAUGCCCAUCAAAUCGGCGUUGAAACAUUCGUCGUCUUCUUCAGCUGCUUCCGGAUCAACCGAUUCGGGAUUCGCCGGCUCUGCCUUCGCCGACAACGAAGGAGAAGGAGAAAAUGAGAUGGUCGUGUUGGCGGCUGAUCGUCAGGCGGCCAUCCAGCGUCAGAAGGAAGAAGCCAAGAAGCGCCGGAGGAAGAAGAAACGGACUGGAUCCAGUCUUUUUGCCUCUACCUUUAAUGAGCUCUACCGACUGACUGGCGAGUUUUUGGGGCAAGGAGCCUACGCCUCGGUUCAAACGUGUGUCAACAUCUGGACUGAUGUCGAAUAUGCCGUCAAGAUAAUUGAAAAAGUGCCGGGUCAUAGCCGCGACCGCGUCUUUAAAGAAGUCGAGACGUUUCACCACUGCCAGGGGCAUCCGAACAUCAUUCAAUUGAUAGAAUUUUUCGAAGAGGAGGAUCGCUUCUAUUUGGUUUUUGAGAAGAUAUUGGGUGGUCCGUUGCUGUCACACAUUCAACGGCGCGUCCACUUUACCGAGCACGAGGCGAGCUUGGUGCUGCGCGACUUAGCCGCCGGCCUGCAGUUUUUGCACAAGAAGGGCAUCGCCCACCGGGACCUCAAGCCGGAAAACAUCCUUUGCGUCUAUCCCGACCGUCUGACGCCGGUCAAGAUCUGUGAUUUCGAUCUCGGUUCGGGCAUCAAAUUCAACUCGAACCUCAAUUCGCCCAUUUCGACGCCUGAACUCCUCACUCCGGUCGGCAGUGCCGAGUUUAUGGCUCCAGAAGUUGUUGACGCUUUUGUCGGCCAGGUCAUCAGCGGCUACGACAAGCGAUGCGACUUGUGGUCGCUCGGCAUCGUCAUGUACAUCUUGCUGUGCGGCUACCCACCGUUCUAUGGCCACUGCGGCGCCGAUUGCGGAUGGGAACGUGGUGAAUCGUGCCAAUCGUGUCAGGGCUUGCUCUUUACCAGCAUCCAGGAGGGUUGUUAUGAUUUCCCCGAGCGCGAAUGGGCCCACAUCUCGCAAGAGGCCAAGGAUCUCAUUCGCGGUCUUUUGGUUAAAGAGGCACCACGUCGUCUUUCUGCUCAAUCUGUCUUGGAGCAUCCAUGGGUCAAGAACGGUGGUCCCCGUACUCCCCUCAUCACUCCCCAAGUCAUUCGAAGGAACAAUAGUGCCCGGGAAUUGUCAGUGUUUGCAGAGAGCGCCAUGGCCGUUAAACGGGUGGUAAUGCAACAUUUUAGCAUGAAUUUGGCCUUGGAAGCGAGAUUGAGAAGCCUGGACGAAGAUUCUGGACUAGGCCAGGAAACCGAAGUCAUCGAGAUGGAUGUCGACAGUCAGUCGGUAGAGGAUGACACCAUUCAAUUUGGCCAUUUGUCUCUGGAUUCGGAGAAUGUUGUCGUGCCCGUCAAAUCGUCUAUGAGUAGCGCGUCGAUGGACCAUUCUGCACGCGGGGAAUCGCGCAAGAAAGUAACGUUCGGUUUGGCUCCGCCUACCGGAUCACGAUUGGCUCAGAGACGUUUAAAGUCGUGUCUUAGUCUGGACGCUCUGACUCCCAACGGCAAUUAAACGACAAACUUCGACUGUCCCACCUUGUCUACAAAAACCAUGAUAAUUUUGCGUAUGACUUCUCUCCCUCCCACUCCCGUCUCUUACCAAUGUUUCAGUUAUUUCUUUUUUUUUCCGUCUAUUGCUUCCAUCACCCACAAAAACUAAACAAAAAAAAAUAACUACUUUUGUAAAUACUUUGUAAAUAUGAAAAAACAACAAAAAAAAACUUUAAGUGAGCUUUUUUAGUUUGACCGUUUUUCCACAUGGUAUAUAUCGUUUGGCGGAAAAAAGACAGAAAAAAAAUCAUUCUUAGUCCUCGUUUUUUACCGUCCAAUUGAAUGGAAACCACAAAAUGCAAAAAUACUUCCUUUUCCCUCCCUUUCCCCUCGAGUGACUCAGGUUUCAAUUGGCUCGGACGAUAGGGGGGUUUAAAAAAAUUGUGUAUGAUCGUUGGACAUAGUUAAUCUUUUAAACAAUGGUAGAUUGUAGGCUCAGCCAUAUUUUUCCGGUUUUUUUUUUUCUAUUUUGAUAUCGGGUCAUAUUCAAAUCCCCCUACCCCUUCCCGCCUACCUUUUGGUGUUGGUCUGGUGCGAUUUCCGACUUUUUCUUUGCCGACAGUUACGUUGUUUAUUACAGCCAUUUCUUAUUUUUCUCUAUUUUUGGGUAAAAAAAAAUUCAUAUAUGAUAUUUUAAUCACGUUUUGUUUCCCGGUUUAUUCUGUGUGACUGUCGAAAAAAGGCUGUUGUAAAAAACACGACAUCAACGUGAUAUAUCCACAAAUGGGUGAUUGGAUUAUAACGAACGCGGGAGUUUCGGGUUGGUUUAUUUUAAAUUUUCUUCAAUCUUUUGAAAAAAAAACGAAUGUACGCUUGUCAUAAGUGUGUGCAUGUUGUUGUACACCUCCGAGUACAAAAGUGACUUAAAAGUUUUUCCAUUGCAUGGUGACCAUCACGAGAUGCGAAACGGAAGGUGUAAGAUGUGAUGAUUCUUCCUCGAAUUGGCAUGUGCUAUUAACAUCUUUCUGUUGAUGUCACGUAUGAUGAUCAUAUGUUCCCCCCAGUUUCUCCAUGUGUCCUUUUGGGAGAGGACACUACUGGUCUGAAAUCGAGAUCCUAUUUAAAGCAACAAAAAUGUAAAAAGACGUAAAAAAAUACAAUUGGAUUUCAAACGCA